AUGCCCAUUCUACCCGAACCAUCGGUACCCUUCCGCCUCUCCCGCACACUUCCAGAUGACAACGUCGAGUUGAUGACAAUAUCGGCCGAUCUGGUAGACAAGUACACGAGUCGGGGACUCUUCGUUGAGCCUAGCGGCCCGCGGCUACAGUCACAAGGUCCCGCCGAGCUCAUUGACAUUGAUGCUGGUCCGAACCCUGCCACUCCGAAGCCUGUCGAAACACCGCCAGCUCCCACCGGCAAUUUUACGGCAGCAGCUUCGUUGAAGCGUCGUCGGCAAAGGAGACUCGACUGGUACGCUUCCGCCACCGUAUCUGACCCAGGGACUCGAGGCUCGCCGUUGGCGUUGGAUGUUGCCGCAUGGGACGAGAACGCGUCCGACUCCUCUUUCGACGAGGACGUGAUCGACCUUUCCGUGAUGCCUGCGGCGUCGGGAGGCUUGUCGCCGUCGCCAGAUGGGCAGACUGACACUUGUACCCGUCCAUCACCAGAUCUUGGUACAUCUCCCCCGCGCCCUGAAUGA